AUGAACGAACCAACUCAUAUUAUAGAUCCAGACGGCGAGGUGAUCAUGAUAUUGCGCAAUACGGACUAUCCUUUUGCCGAUGGGAUUGAAGAACAUCUUGAGUCUACUCCCGCAGAAGAUAUCGAGCCCGCCCCCGAAGAGGAUCUUGAGCCUGCUCCCGUAGAACCAGCCGUCGAUGAACCCGCUGCCCAGAUCAUUUUCCGCAUCCAAGUCUCCGCGAAGCAUUUGAGUUUUGCAUCCCCAGUCUUCAAAACGAUACUUAAAGGUGGUUGGAAGGAAAGCAUAACCUUUUUGCAGAAAGGUACAGUUGAACUCACCGCAGAAAGCUGGGACGUCGAGGCACUUUUGAUUCUUCUUCGUGCUAUACAUGGCCAAUACCGCCUCAUCACCCAAAAAUUGACUCUCGAGAUGCUCGCGAAAGUUGCUGUCAUAGCCGACUACUAA